UGCUGGCAGUGCUUGUUCGCGCCUGCUCCAUGCCAGCUCUGCUCAACAGUGCUCAGGCUCUCAUUCCUUCGCUCGUGCACAAAGCACACGUUGCCCCAGGCUAGGUGCAAGAAGAGGCAUGGAAUGGGAUCUCAGAAGAAUGGAGAGUGAUCUGAGACAAAUCAACCCUGACCUGCUACAGCCCAGCAAAAGCUUCAAGAAAACCUCUUCAGGUACUGUAACCCUUAAUGUAGGGGGCUAUCUUUAUGCCGCCCAGAGACAGACUCUUGCCAAGCACCCCGGCUCAGUGCUGGAGGAGAUGGCCAGUGGGAAGAGGCCUGUGCAGCACGUGGACUCAAUGGGCAAUGCCUUCAUUGACCGGGAUGGCCCCAUCUUCCGCCACAUCCUUAACUUCUUGCGACUGGGGGAGCUGUUACUUCCAGAUGAUUUUAAGGAGAUUGGGCUGUUGCAGCGUGAAGCAGAGUUCUAUAGGCUGCCUGAGCUCACAGAGGCAGCACUGGAUUGGGAGCAGCAGCAAGCAGCACAGCGGGAGCCUGCCUUUUUGGAGGUGACUGACAGCCACGACCGUUCACACGGCCUUAAGGUCUACUGUAGUGACACUGGCUUCAUUGAGAAGGUGAAGGGCCGCCUGGUACAGAUCUCCAAGAGCCGACUGGAUGGUUUCCCAGAAGAGUUCGAGGUGUCAUCCAAUAUCAUCCAAUUCCGACACUUCAUCAAGUCAGAAAUGGGGUCCCGGCUGGUCCUAAAGGAAGACAGCACCUUCCUGUGCACACUAGAGUGCCUGAAGCUGGAAACUGUCAUGCUGGCCCUCAGGGCAGGUUUCCGGCUCAUCACAAGUCUAGACAGCAGCCGGGGGUCUGUUGUCCAGUGUGAGGCACUACAUUUUGUUAAGUGACAACACAGGGGGAGAGAAAAAUAGGAGAAAUUGAAGAGAGAGGCUCAAGAAAGGGGAAGCCAACAUCUCAAGUAACUGCUAGUCAAGUUUCUGGUAUUCAUAUUAAAAUUCCUUGACAUAAAAAUACACACCGGAUUAAAAGCAAGCAACAUUUCUUUACCUAAAGUUUACACAGCCUAUUUAUAAACCUGGAAAGAAUAUGUAUUAGGUUAUUAUUACUGUUGUGUUUACCUUGUGUUUUGGGUUGUUAUGCUGAUAAUAUAUAAUUUACAUUUUGCAGCAAUGACUUGUUUCAGAGACCAAAUUAUAAUUUUGUUUUAAAUGUCAUAUUAAUACAUUACAGUCAUCUCUAAGGAUUACAGCCACCAUGUUAAAGUUUCUAUAUUCAUGUGCUGCAUGAAAAAAAGGUCUAUAAUGAUAGUGGUCUUGUGUGAUGUAUUCCAGUGAACCUGAGCUAAUUUGGAAUGUGUGAAUACUUUCUAAGUAAUAAAAUCAUAA